ACAAUGGAAAUUUGGGCUUUAUUCUCACCGAAUGGAUAAUAAAUUUGUGAAUAUAUUUCUUGGAUUAUAUCUCGAGAUUCGGACGCGUUUAAUUGCUGAAGGUGAAGUAGAAUAAGGACCAAUUGUGACGGGGAGAGCCCCCCGUAAGUUUCCGUUGUAACUCCGUAAAGCGAACGGAAAGUUUGAAAUGGAGCUGCCUGCCGCUAUGGCUCAUCUCCUUCGUAUCCUGUGGCUAGCCGCUGCCGUGUUUCACGGGGCGGCCCUCGCAGCUUUCGAUGGUCAUCUAUCCAAUUAUGAGGAGCCGGGAUAUUCAGUAUUUAACGCAUCUCUCGGAAGUGGAUGGUCAUAUGCUCUUCAUCCAUCAUUAACAGGAGAAGAUGCCAAAGAAAACAUUAAAAUUGACAGUAACUCUGGGGAAUUAUCCUUGUCAAAAAUAAUGGAGUGUGAUUUGCUUCAUGAAAACCCUUUCUUGGUUUAUGUGCAAACUCGUGGAAGAACUACAGAUACUGGCUCAGAAAAAGUGGGCUCAUAUGUUAUGAUACCCAUAGCAAUUUCUGUUCAUGGGAUCGGUUGCCAUCCAAAGAAAGCGAAGAAAAAGAAUUUUGAUAGGGAUAAUAUUGAACACACACCUUUAUCUGCAACUCGACCUCUGCAGAUCAUGAUGGAAUAUCCAGAAGGGACUUGCUGGUUUCCUGGGGAUGUCUUGCUGAACCUCAAUAACUUCCUUCCUAAAUCACUUUCAGGUUGUCCGAUUUCAUACAUUUUGAGUGAUGGUAAAGAGCAUGAUUUUGAUCUUGAUGCUAUGUCAGGUAAACUACGCACAGAAAAAGAUGUGGUUUGUGUCUUUGAGCACCAGUCGGAACAUAUAAGUGGAUCAGUGCAAAUUCCAUCAUCUUGCUUAGCGAAACCGCCAUCUUACUUGUCGGACAAAUAUGAAGAGGUUCCCAUUUUGAUUGAGUUGCGAGCAUCAGACACCAAUCGUUUGAAUGCCGACUUUUCUGAAGAUACAUCAGGAAAUGGAGAAGUGGUACUGAAGCGCUUUAGAAGGCAACUUAGAAAUACAUAUCCAACGUUUAGCCAGCCUAUAUAUAGCCGUCAAAUACCUGAGAAUGAAAAUGAAGGAUUUGUUGUGGCGACAAUCACUGCAACGGACAAUGAUGAUGGUGAUAAUGGUAGGCUGUCAUACAGCCUGGUUGCUCUGGGUGAUGCUCGCAGCCAAAAUAUGUUUGCCGUAGAAGAAAACACAGGAAUAAUCACAACCACCACGGCACUUGAUCGAGAGCAAAUUCCAUCUCACUCAUUUCGUCUCACAGCAACAGACCAUGGGACUCCUCCAAAAUCUGCUCAAGUUUACCUGACAGUCAAUGUAGAUGACCGCAAUGACCAUACUCCUGUUUUUGAGCAACCAAGUUAUGUAGAGACCACUAAUGAAGGCCAGAAUCCAGGAACAUUGAUUGUCAGGGUGCGGGCAUCAGACAAUGAUGAUGGACUUAAUGCUGAAAUAAGGUACAGCAUUGUCAACAACGAGAGCCCAAAUGAUGUCUUCACAAUGAAUCCGACGAGUGGAGAGAUCAAGACCUUGGUGCGACUGGACAGGGAGCAGACUGAGAGAUAUAAUAUCCUAGUGAUGGCUCAAGAUAUGGGUACCGAUCCUGGAAAGAGGAAUUCAACGGCAGAGGUACUACUCACAGUUCUUGACUUGAAUGACAACUCACCACACUUCUCUCAGUUGACUUAUGAGGUAUCUGUACGGGAGGAUGUCAGUCCAGGUGACCCUGAAAGCCAGAUCCUGCAUGUCAUGGCCACAGAUGCAGAUGAAGGCUCAAAUGCUGAUGUCCACUUCAGUCUGACCCACGGCAACUUUGAAAACCGCUUUAGGAUUGAUUCGGUCAAUGGCUUCAUCUCCCUUCAAAAUUCCUUAGACUUUGAAACUACAAGAAGUUACAGACUGAGCAUUCGUGCCCAAGAUUCUGGUAAUCCACCAAGGGAGAACACCACGACUGUCACAGUAACAGUGUUGGAUGUGAAUGACAACAGUCCUCAGUUUUCCCAGAAUGUUUACCAGGGUAUAGUGAGGGAAGAUGUUGAUGUCGGGCACUCCAUAUUGUCUGUGAUGGCAAGAGAUGAUGAUGAGUUGGAAAAUGCCAGGAUAACAUUCUCUAUCCCAAACCCUCCCAAUGACUUUCCUUUUGAAAUUAAUCCUACUUCUGGUGCUAUAACAAACAGUGUCAGUCUUGACAGAGAGUCUGGACAUAGUUGGGAGUUUAAUGUUAUUGCUGUGGAUCAUGGGGAAUCCCCCAGUUCGUCGACUGCUUCAGUCACCAUCACUGUAACUGAUGUGAAUGACAACGCUCCGAUCUUUUCUGAAGAAGUCUACCAUGCUGCAGUGGCUGAAAAUGCUUACCAUGGUUUUGAGGUGAUAACCGUUACAGCAACAGAUCCUGAUGAACAGAACACUAUCUCCUAUAGGAUAGUAGAUGCACUUGACCCUACUGGUCGUAUCCCUUUCAACAUCCUUACCCAGAACAAUGAAGGCACAAUUACUGUCACAUCUCAACUGAGUUACAAUAGCAAGUCCUUUUAUGCUCUGACAGUUACAGCAUCAGACAGGCAGUUUGAAAGCACUUGUACUGUGUACGUCAACGUAACCGAUGUUAAUGAUUUUGCUCCAGUAUUUCAAAACUCGCCCUACAAUGUUUACGUCAGCGAAGGUGCUGACAUCGGAGAGGUUAUUGUUACAGUGUCUGCAGCAGACAAUGAUGCCGGUGCUAAUGCUGAAGUAAGCUACAGUAUGGAUCCUUCUCCUGAGUUUGAAAUCAACGAAGAGAGUGGUGAGAUUGUCACCAAGGUUCUGUUAGAUCGUGAAGAGAUCUCGUCGUAUACCUUGUACGUGACUGCUAGUGAUCAUGGAAUAAACCCGCAGCAGUCAAGAGCAUUUGUUCAAGUCACAGUCCAGGAUAUAAAUGACAAUGCUCCAGUGUUUGAACAGACCAGCUUUACCGCCGAAAUCCAAGAGAAUUCUCCAGCCUAUUCUAGUGUCAUCACGAUGUCUGCAUCUGAUGCUGAUCAAGGUUCAAACAGUGAUGUCAAGUACACCUUCGUAGAUGGUGAUAGUGGGGGAGGACGAUUCACAAUUGACGAGACAUCAGGUGUCAUACGGGUUGCCUCUAUGCUCGAUCGUGAGUACCAAGCCGAAUACAUCCUGGUGGCUUAUGCAUAUGACCAGGGUGUACCAUCACUGAGGACCUCAGCCGAGAUAACGGUAGAAAUCACUGACAUCAAUGACAAUCCACCAGUGUUUGGUGAACGGGACUACUACGUUACGAUCAAUGAGAAUCGCGAUCCUGGGGAGCAGGUGAUGAAACUGGUAGCCUCAGAUCCCGACUCUGGAUUCAACGCUCAUGUCCAGUACACCAUCGUCAGGGGUGAUCAGGAUUUCUUUGAAAUCAACCCGGACACCGGACUGGUCAUCUCUUUGGAAAUGUUUGACUACGAAGCCAGGAAUCAGUACGAGAUCAUCGUCCAUGCGACGAACGUCCCAUAUUUUGCUGAAGCUACGGUUCACAUCCAGGUUCUCGAUGUCAACGACAAUGCACCCAUCCUUGGAGACUUUGAGAUCUAUUUUAACAAUUAUGUAGGAUACUUUCAUGAGGAGGAUAUAGGACGGGUUCCUGCAACGGACCCUGAUGUUUCUGACACCUUGACGUAUCAGAUCACGAGCGGGAACACCAAUCAGCAUCUGAUGCUUAACACGACCACAGGUGGAAUCAGACUCAAUCCUACUCUCAGAGGAUCAGAUAUCCCACAGACGAUUCAGUUCACAGUUCAAGUCUCAGGUAAGAUAAUUUUGAUAUUUUCCAAAUUUACUUAUAAAUGAUCAAUGGAUCUGCUGCACUGUGUUCACAGUCAUAGAGCUGUGGAAUGAUGUCAUUUUGAUUUAGGAUAUUCCUAUUUUUUGUUCUGUCCUCUGACUUUCAUUUCAUUUCCCAUAUAUGCUUACAUUUGAGUUGCCACUUGCUGGUAUCUUUCUACCAGAGGACUUGUUAGGUUUGAAUGAGGGCUUCCUGUAGGGACGGUACUCAUUGGGAGUACAGUUCAGUAUAAUUCAAAUGGCACUGGAGCCACAAUAUAGUGAUCGCUAUGGUAACAAAUGCAACAAGUGGCUGAUCGUGAUCGCAUCACUCAUUGUCCAUUCUUCUUCCUGCAUACAUGUGUCAUCAUUAGCACCAGUUUGCAUAACAUACUUUGAAGCCCCUAUUCAGACAUGACACAAUAAACCACUUAAAUGGAGAAGAAAUAUGUAAGAAAAAAUAACGACAAAACAGCAAAAUUAAUUAAUGGGAAGGGGCACCGUAUUCAUUUUUGUUGCUGAAAAAUAUAGCUGAUAUUGUGUUGUACCAGACACAAUUUUGGGAACCACACCAUGCUGAUUUAUUUUGAUUUUCUGUGCCAGUAUAAUUAAAAGGGGUUUACCUCCUGAUGUAUGCUGUAUAGUAUGAAUUGGCCUUUCAAGAGAUAGGAUCAUGAGAUAUAGAACAAGCAAGAUUUAAUCACAAUAUAUUUUAUUACAAACUCCUGAUGUUUGAAUUAAUCCAAUAGAUUUACACGUACUGGAAGUUGUUUUUUUUUUAAUAAAAAGAAGGAUGAAAUGGGAUUAACACAUGAAUUACAUUCUGUGAUGUAACAAAUAUGACGUUUUGCUCUCAGAAUAAAGCAAUGAGUCACCAUUCCAUCACGGUGGGUGAACUGAGAUAAAGGUGGAUUCAGGAGAGUGAGCGGAGGAUGAUUACUUCUUGUCGGGUGGAGGGAAAGCCCUCGCUCGUAUUUUGUCACCUGCUGCUAAUCAUGUCUCAUCAUUUUAAUUUCCGUCAUUGUGAGCUUGGCUCUUGUUAUCUUUUAUUCUUCAAAUGCAUUUUGUCGUCAGAUAUGUUCAUUAGUGAGACACCUUUUAGAAGUGGAUGAUGGUGAUUGUGGGAACUGAUUUUUGUUUGGUCAAGAAGAAGAAAGAUACCUUUGUAUUUUUUAAAGUGAAUGUGCCUGAAAUACUUUUGUCAGAAUGACAGGUUUUGUUUCAAACUUUUAUUCAUAUUCAUAUUCAUUCAUAUUCAAAUUUAUUGUCCAAUCAUUGGAAAUUUGUUUCAUUUACAUGUCAGUACAAGAUUAUAGAUUAUAAACAUCAAUACGAUACAGAUGGGUACAGAAUAGAACAUUUGACUUGAACAUAGGUACCCGGUAACACAAAAUGUGAUAGUUCAACAUGCAGACUAAAAUUUGAUUCAUAAUUCAGACUAAGUACAUGUACAGUGUAGUUCCAGUUCCUGUUUUUGAGUUUUAUAAGUAUCUUGUCUCAUUAUCUCUUUCAUGUGGCAUUCCUCCUGACAAAGAUAUCUGUGUCAAUAUCACUGUCUCGUUCCUUUUAUUGCUUGUGUCAAGGAUUUUAUAGAUUUGCUGUCAAUAUUUCUUGCGAAAUGAGGUUCUGUUGCUGACUUGCUGCUAAAAUUAAAAAAAAUCUUAAUUUG